UCCUUCCCCGGGAAGCGGCCGGCCUCGCAUUUCCCACCUCUCCCCAUCCGACCCCCUCACGUUUCUCUCGCGUCGCCUCGCGCCCUCGCCCACAAAGCAAAGCAGGCAAGCGACCAACCAAGCGGAAAAGGACAGCCCUGAGCGACUAACUCCCCCCAUUGACCUGCGAGCUACGCAAUUCAAACUAAUCCAAAUCCCGUACGCUGAUCUUCCGUGCCGAGAGCCGGAAGCGGCCGCGCGUGCCUUCUUCUUCCUCAUCCCGCGUGUACAGGCUCCGCUAGGUGGUCUGCCGGCCGGCCCGUCCCAUGCCACCCAGAGCAAGGGAGUCGCCACCGCUGAGCAGAAGGGCGAUGCCGUGCUUCCGGUUUGCGGGCUGGGAGAGGGAGCAGGGGAAGGAGGGGGGGGAAGAGCGGCAGGGGCCAGCACGCUCGCAGUCAGCGCGGUCCAACAGCAGCAUAUCGGGCUCGGAGUGCUGCUCGCUCAACGUGUCAUCGGAGAUCGGGGGCGAGUCAUUCGGCCGGUACAGGCAGCUGUCGCUGUCGCAGCGGCCCGAUACCCUCCGCGUUUUCACCUUCCAGGAGCUCAAGAGCGCUACCAGGAGCUUCAGCCGCGCGCUCAUGAUCGGCGAGGGUGGCUUUGGCUGCGUCUACCGCGGCACAAUCCGAAGCACCCUCGAGCCGCGACGGAGCCUUGACGUAGCCAUCAAGCAGCUCGGCCGCAAGGGUCUCCAGGGGCAAAAGGAGUGGGUGACCGAGGUGAACUUUCUUGGUGUGGUGGAUCAUCCGAACCUGGUGAAGCUCAUUGGCUACUGUGCCGAGGACGACGAGAGGGGGGUGCAGCUCCUCCUCGUGUACGAGUUCAUGCCUCAUGGCAGUCUAGCUGAUCACCUGUCAACAAGGUCACCGAGGCCUGUUUCUUGGGGGAUGAGGCUGAGAGUAGCACUUGACACUGCUCGUGGCCUGAAGUACCUGCACGAAGAUUCCGAAUUCAAGAUAAUAUUCCGUGAUCUGAAGCCUUCAAACAUUCUGCUUGACGAGAACUGGAAUGCAAAAUUGUCUGACUUUGGCUUGGCUAGGCUGGGGCCACAAGAAGGAAGCCAUGUUUCCACAGCGGUCGUGGGGACUAUCGGAUAUGCAGCUCCUGAGUACAUCCAUACAGGACGCCUCAGCAGCAAGAAUGACAUAUGGAGUUUUGGUGUAGUGCUGUAUGAGCUCCUCACAGGCCGGCGACCACUGGAUCGGAACAGGCCGAGGGGCGAGCAGAACCUUGUAGAAUGGGUGAAGCCCUACUCUUCCGAUGCCAAGAAGUUUGAGACCAUAAUGGACCCGAGGCUCGAAGGAAAAUACAGCUUGAAGUCUGCAGCUAGGCUUGCCUCAUUGGCAAACAAGUGUCUGGUGCGCCAUGCCAGGCAUCGGCCUAAGAUGAGUGAGGUACUGGAGAUGGUGCAGAAGAUCGUUGAUAGCAGUGACCUCGGAACACCGGAGCAUCCCCUGAUAAACCAUUCAAAAGAAUUGGCAAGUGAUGAGAAGAAAAGGAAAGGCCUUAAUCUGAAGAGGAGAAUAGCUGAUAUUAAGGCUGGAGAAGGAAGAUGGUUUACAUGGCAGAAGUGGACACCCAAGCUUGUGAGAACACAAUGACAAACAAUAUCACUGGCGUUCCUUGCAUACUACUUUAACAUGCAUAGUUAUUAUCAGCAAAAACAGUAACGGCUGAACUGUCACCUGAGUUGUCGUUUACCAUAAAUCAGAGAACAUGGUGACUGAAAAGAAUCGAUUAAGAGAUGCCCGAUGCUAUCACCACUAAAUAAUGGAUAUGCCUGGAUUUGUGGGUCACACACAGGCAGUCUCUAUAUAGUUGGAGGUUCCAUAUUUAGCUGGAAAAUCAAAACUCAAAUAGUCCUCUUUUUAGCAGAAACCAUAUCGUACAGUCUAACUUGGUUUUUGGCUUUUUGCUGAGUGAAUUUUGAGUUGUAUCAAGUGCAAAAAUAAGAACUUUCAGGCAAUCCGUGUAGCUAUCGGUUACCUAAUUUGCUAGAUUUGCACUCUGCGUAUAUCCUUCUGUAGAAAUUUAUUAUUGAUACGACUGAUAUGCAAAGUUCUUUUUUUUU